AUGGAAGACUACUCUAUUAAUAAUUCAUCACUGGAUGAAGCUGAUGCAGUCUCUCCUGCCGAGGAGAGUGGGUGGACAUCUUAUUUUGAAGAUUUCUCUAACCAUAAAGAAGAAGAUGAUAGUUUAUGCUCUACUUUUGACAACUCUUCAAUGGUUUCUGAUGCUGCUUCUUUUCCUCCACGGAAAUCAUCUCAUGUUGUUGCCAGCCCUUCCAGUGGGGGAUUGCCGAAAAAGUUAACUUUCAAGAAAACAAGAGCCAAAGAAAUUUCCCUUGAUGAUUCCUUGGAGGAUACUGCUAGUUCUCCUGCUAAUAGUCCCAAGGUUAGUGAUUUGAGACCGAUAGAUAUGAAUCCCAGGAAGACCAAUGAUCAACAUUUUAACAGUUCUCUGGGUAAUAAAGAAAGCAGUAGUUCAGAGCAAUGUGCAGAAGGGCUGCAGACAAGUGAUCAAAGAAGUGAAAUGAAUUUCAGUAGUGGGAAGAAUGACUGCAUAGAGUUAAAGAAGAGAGGCUUGUGCUUGGUUCCUUUGUCCAUCGCAACUAUUGAUUGUCGUGUGAAGGAAAUUGUAGUUGAUAUGUAUGUGGUGUAA